AUGACUGGAAUGUACUCAAGGCAAAAUGCUUCAUCCCAAGAUAUUAAUUUUCCUCACUACCAGCCAGAUGGAGACCCUUUUGUAUCAAAACUCUCAAAGGAAGCUGACAUAAUAGCUGGAAUUUAUUUAUUAAUAAUAGGGAUCCUGUCCACUUUAGGCAACGGAUAUGUUAUUUAUAUGGCUAUACAACGGAAAAGGAAGCUCAAGCCAGCAGAGAUCAUGACGAUAAAUCUAGCAGUCUGUGACUUGGGGAUUUCAGUGACAGGAAAGCCAUUUAGCAUCAUUGCCUUCUUCUCCCACCGUUGGAUCUUUGGUUGGAGUGGCUGCCGCUGGUAUGGAUGGACUGGCUUCUUCUUUGGAGUCGGAAGCCUUAUUACCAUGACUGCAGUCAGCCUGGACCGGUAUUUCAAAAUCUGCUAUUUAGCUUAUGGAAUCUGGUUGAAGAGACACCAUGCUUUUAUCUGCCUAGGCAUUAUCUGGUCUUAUGCUGCCUUCUGGGCCACCAUUCCCUUUGCUGGCUUGGGGAACUAUGCUCCUGAACCCUUCGGCACCUCCUGCACCUUGGACUGGUGGCUGGCUCAAGGCUCAUUGGCAGGGCAGGCAUUCAUUCUCAAUAUUUUUUUCUUCUGCCUUGUAUUCCCAACUGCUGUGAUCGUGUUUUCCUAUAUUAAAAUAAUAGCAAAGGUCAAGUCAUCCAGCAAGGAUGUAGCUCAUUAUGACAGCAGGAUUCAGAAUAGCCAUGAACUAGAAAUAAAGCUGACUAAGGUGGCAAUGUUGAUCUGUGCAGGAUUUCUAAUUGCUUGGAUCCCAUAUGCAGUUGUAUCAGUGUGGUCAGCUUUUGGAAAACCAGAUUCCGUUCCCAUAAGAGUUUCGGUGGUGCCUACUUUGCUUGCAAAAUCAGCUGCCAUGUACAACCCUAUUAUUUACCAGGUCAUCAACUGCAAAUCAGCCUGGUGUAAGCCGGAGGCUGUUAGGCCGCUGCAAAAGAAAAACUUGAAGAAAUCCAGGUAGGGGUUUUCAGAAGUGGCCUGAAAUAUUUGAAAGGCACUAGAGAUUUCAUGCAAUGGACACGUGCAGGA